AAAUGUUUUUUUUUUGCAGUAGAAUAAUAAUAUCAUAGAACACAACAAACUGAUUUUCAGCCACAUUUUCCCAGAAAAUUCUGGAAUUUACAUUCUUUCUAUCUCAUAAAUACUACUAGUCUAAAACAGAGGCCCCCAUUUCCCACUCACAUAUUCCCAGAAUCUUCUUCUCUCCACAAGUUUAUAUUUUCUCUGUUUCUCUCUGUUUUUACUAUUUGAUUCCCUCAACAACUUUGCUGAAAAUUCAAGCACUGAGAAUAGCACCGCCAUUAUAAUCACAAAGCACAAAGGCAUGUGUUUGAAUGGUGCAGAGAUGGGAAACAUGGAGGAGAACAACAACAGGCAGAAGGGUAAUUUGGACAGGGAAUCUAUGGUGAUGAACUCUGAUAAUCAGAGCAGCGUGUUGGAUUCGUUUCAGCUUGAAAGCAUUUCUGAGGAUUCAGUAGUUGUAGACCAAAAGCAAAACAUGUUACAAUUUGUCCCUGCCCUUCGGUCAGGAGAGUGGUCUGAUAUAGGAGGUCGGCCACACAUGGAAGAUACUCAUAUAUGCAUUGGUAACUUGGCUAAGAAGUUUGGUUAUAAUGUGCUCAAUGACGAAGCAAUCUCCUUCUAUGGUGUAUUUGAUGGUCAUGGGGGAAAGGAUGCAGCACAACUUGUUCGUGACAACUUGCCACGAGUCAUUGUUGAGGAUUCUGACUUUCCCUUAGAGCUUGAAAAGGUAAUAACAAGGUCAUUUGUCGAGACAGAUGCUGCAUUCGCAAAAACUUGCUCUGUUCGGUCUUCUCUUGCUUCUGGCACAACUGCACUCACUGCAAUGAUAUUUGGAAGGUCUUUGCUUGUGGCAAAUGCCGGAGAUUGCAGGGCUAUACUAUCACGGAAUGGAGCAGCUAUAGAAAUGUCAAAAGAUCAUAGACCCGGCUGCGCAAAGGAAAGAGUGCGUAUUGAGUCUUUGGGUGGAUAUGUUGAUGAUGGUUACCUGAAUGGCCAGUUAGGUGUUACCCGCGCACUAGGUGAUUGGCAUAUUGAAGGGUUGAAGGAUAAGGGUGAAAGGGGAGGACCCUUGAGUGCUGAGCCGGAACUUAAAUUGACAACACUGACCAAGGAUGAUGAGUUUUUAAUCAUUGGUAGUGAUGGAAUAUGGGAUGUGUUCACCAACCAAAAUGCUGUAGACUUUGCUCGGAGGAAACUCCAAGAGCACAAUGAUGUGAAGCUGUGUUGCAAGCAAAUAGUUGAGGAGGCAAUAAAAAGAGGUGCAACUGACAAUUUGACGCUUGUUAUGGUGAGUUUUCACUUGGAGCCGCCUCCACAUGCAGUGGUAGAAAGGCCUAGAGUCACACGUAGUAUUUCUGCUGAGGGACUACAAAAUCUUCAAUUCUUCUUGGAUCAAUAG